GGAGGUGGUGGUAGUGUUAGUGUGUGUGUGUGUAUUCCUGGGGUGGAGGAAGAGAAAGGAGAAGAUAAAAUCCGCUCCAUUCAAAUGUUAUCAAAGUGCGAGAGAGAGAGAGAGAGAGAGAGAACAGCGAAUUCAGUCACAUAGUAAAACGACUAUAAAACCCGACCCGACGACAUAAGUCGGGUGAAAUAGUCUUUAAUAAUGCAGCCACCACGAUUCCAGCUGAUUAAGGAACGACCAAAUGCUUAUUACACAUGACAGCAUCACUCUUGGUAACUGAUGGAAAAUUCUUAGAUUGUUCCAAAACUUCUCUAUGCUACAAUGGAAGUACCAAGUUCUUGGAUAGAUACUUGGAACAAUCCAAGAAUCUUUCCUUUCAUCAUACCAUUCCUACAGUGCCUGAUCUACUACGCCCUCGUCUUGCUAGUCCACGUUGGCAUAUUUAAACUCAAUUCCAUAUUCACUCCCAUCUGGCUGCGACCAAUUCUCUCAGAUUUCUUCUGCACCAUUACGUCAUGUACAAUUUCGUUUCAACAUGGAAUACUACGGUUCUAUUAUGGCAACACCACCUAUGUCCUCAUGUCAGGAUUCAUGGCUUUUCUCUUCAGGAAUAUUUUCAAAGACUCAGCACCUUCGGUUCCAGCAAAUGUACUGAAAUACAUGAAAGAGGUCAUUUCUUUCAGUGAUUUACUUCUCAGGGUCUUCACACAGAUCUUUGCCAUUCCAGCCAUUGCACUUGUCGUUCACAUGAUCUGGCUUUUAGAAAUCAUGCCAGAGCACACACAGCAACUGUCUCAAAGAACUUGUGCCAGUGACCUUAAUGUUGCGGUCGCCAUGGGGUUUCUCAUUGAAGGAGGGUCCAUUGCGCUUGAGACUUGGUUAAGCCAAAGUCGAAUCACCAUUUAUGAUUCUGUAGAUUCGUGUCUAAAGCUUUUUACUGGACCAAUAAUGGUCGUUUUAGGUAUUCACCAUACUGGAAUGUAUAUGAACCCAACACUAGCAUCGGUGAUGAAGUUUGGAUGUAAAGGCACCACCCCUUGGCAGCAUGUGUUGGUCUAUUGGUUGGCACCGAUAUUGGGCUGUAUUCUUGGAGUGAAAAUAUUUAACUAUCACCAGAAGAGGCUGGCUUCAUCCACUGUUGAUGUUUCUUGGACAGAUUCAAUGAGAAAUGAGAAUGGAGACAAGUUUAAAAGAUUCCCAAGACGGAAACUUAAAGGAAGAAGCACAACAAGGAAACGAUAACUGCUUCGACAUGCGUGUCACCUUACGUGUUUGGAUAUUUAGUCUCAGUCUGCCAGUCUGUCUGUUUGUCUGCAUGCUUGUGUGUGUGUUUGUUACCACCCACCACUGUUUGAUAAAUAGUGUUGGUUUGUUUAUGUCCUUGUAACUUAGCAGUUUGGCAAAAGAAACCAAUAUAAUAAGUACCAGACUUAAAAACAACAACAGCAAAAAGCAUAAUUACUGGGAUUAAUUUUUUUCAACUGAAACCCAUCCAGCAUGGGUGCCCCAGCAUGGCCACAGUUCAAACACUGAAAUGAGUAAAUGAUUAAAGAUGUGAUGGGGAGCAAGAGAGGUGAGGACCGAAUAUCAAGAGGAAUGGUAAAAUCCUGCAACAGGCAGGUGGAAUGGUAUUGAGAAGACAGAGGGUGAGCAUCGGAGGGAUAAUUUCUUCAGACAGGUUCAAAAACAUUCCUAAAUAUAUGGGGCCAUGGUAGCUUUAGUAGAAAAUCUACUGUUAACCAAAGUCACAUUGGGACCAAAGAAAAAUGACAAUUAUCUCUGGAUUAUUCCGUUUUCAUAAUUUCUUACAAAUUCUUCAUUCUUUAGACCGGUAUUUUUUACCCCCUUUUAUACCUAUGGACCCUUUUGAGGUUUAAGAAAAGUCAUAUUUUUAUAAUUAAAUAUUGUUAGAAUUUAUAUUAAAAAAUUGUUAGAGUAUUUUACGAAUUGUAGAAUUAUAACCAAUUUAUUGCUCAUAAAUUUUAAUGCCAAAAUCUUAUAUGGACCCCCAAAUACCAUAUGGGCUCCAAAGAACCAUAUGGUCCCCUAAGGGCUAUAAGGACCAUGGUAGAAAACUACAGCUUUAGAGUUUUUCUGCAUUCUGACCAUUCCUUGAAGUUCCUAUUCCCUAAAGAUACUGUUGCAUCAACCAUUCCACUUCAACCUUCUUCAGUGUCCCUUUCUUCAUAUUCCUUAUAUUUACUUGCCUUUACUCCUCUCACUUUGUGUGUGUGUGUGUGUGUGUACUGUUUUUCCUUCCCUAAAAUUUACUUUUGGAUGGGAAGAGGGCACCUCUUAUGUUUAAUCUUUUAUCUUUAACUUAUUUCAGUCAUUGGACUGUGGCCAUGUUGGAGCACUGCCUUGAAGGGUUUGAUAGAACAAAUUGAACAUGGUACUGAUUCAAAUCUACACCAGUUGCCAAGCAUUGAUGGAGGCACAAAUACAACCACACACACAU